AGACACACCAGGCAACGCCUCACCGCCGCCGUCCCCGCCGCCGCCGCAGUAGACGGGGUCGGCACGGCACGAUGAGGAGCAGCGAGGCCAUGGAGCUCCUGGGCUUCCCCCCUUACUCCUGGCCGUCUCCCUCUGAGGUAAAGGCUGCGUAUAGAAGAAUGGCGAUGGAGUCUCAUCCUGAUCGUUUCCCAACGCAUCUUAAAUCCCAAGCUGAGUCAAAAUUCAAGGAGGUAGCAGAAGCUUAUUCUUGUUUGAAGGAUGGAAGAAGAUUAGGGAGCAGGAUGGAAGUUCAUGUAAUGCGGUCUGGUGUUCGGACAGGAUGUGGAAGAUCAAAUAAGACGUUGGUUAAAGCCCCCUUUCUACUUAUAAUGUUUGCAGCAGUUUCUUUUGGUGCCUUUAGCGCUUCGAGAGCGUAUCAACGGCAGAAGGAAUUAUGCUCCUCUCAGAACCCGUUUCUACCAUAGACGAAGACCAUUGCUCUUUGUCCAUAUUCAUAAGCUUUCAGUGUUACAUUGUACAGAUGUAAAACAAUCGCGCUUUGAAUAAAAGCACCACUGGUAUUUGUGGUCUCAGAGCAUAUGAAAUCAUAUGGUUUUGGUUU